AUGGGCCUCCUCAAGUUGCGCAACCCGGUGAUGGAGCUGAACAGUUCCUGGCCCUGGGGAGCCUGGAUUUGGAUAUUUUCAAUUCGCAGUCAAUACUUUGUGACCGACACGGACGACAAUGACAUGCAACAACAGCAUGAUGACAAUGAUGAUGAUGAUGAUGAGGAUGAUGAGGAUGAGGAGGAUGAGGAUGUAGCCAAACGCCUGUCGAAGGAGUUCCUGGCGAAAGCCUUGAACUCUUUCGACACGCAGGUCGUAGUGGUCUACGACGAGAACCUGCGUUGCCCCCGUGCCGUCGCUGUCAGCGAGGAUGCCGCGCGCCACCAGCCAAAGGAGUUGGUGGCUUCCAUUGAAAGCCACCCUUUGGAGCGGCCAAUUACACUUCGGGCGCUUCGAGGCCUGUCGAAGGAGUUCCUGGCGAAAGCCUUGAACUCUUUCGACACGCAGGUCGUAGUGGUCUACGACGAGAACCUGCGUUGCCCCCGUGCCGUCGCUGUCAGCGAGGGCACAAAGUGGGAGGGCAUGCCCUACCACGUGACCCUUGGCCAUCCUGUGUGGUGGAUUGAUACAGUGCUGCUGGAGGGAGGUGAUUUGCUGCACUUCCUCGGCCGACUGCAGCAAGAGCUGCAUGUGACCGUGACCUCUUGGAACAUUCUUUGCUCCAAGCUGUGCAACAAAGAUGUUUUCCGGCAUACCAAUCCUAAGGACUUGGACAACGAACGUCGUUUCCAGCGUGUCCUGGAGAAACUGGAGCAAAAGGUGGAGAACCAGGCCAUCUUAUGCCUUCAGGAGAUUUCACAGGAAUGGUGUGGACCUCUCCAUGCAUUUUUCCAGCAACGUCACUACUAUUUUGUGGCGUCCGCUUACGGACUUGAUUUCGAGGAUUACAUGGGAGUGGCUGUGGCAUUCCCACAAAAGCUUUACACACUCUCGGAUGCGCUGAUUCAAUGUGUGGCCGACACCUUACCGUUGGACCACGAUGCCAAGGAGAAACUGAGUGCGGAAAAUCCCUUCCGGCGCAGCCGUAUGCGUCGAAAUCGGAUGAUUUGCCUCAAACUCAGGCAUCAAGCUUCCAACAAAGAGUUCGUCGUGUCCACGUAUCACAUGCCUUGCGACUACCUCAAUAUGAAGGUGAUGGUGAUCCAUGCCUCCCUAUGCGGAGCCUGCGCCUUCAUGUUUGCAGGAGAUUUGCCCCUUAUCCUUGCUGGGGAUUUCAACUUCAGACCUGGAUCCGCCCCCUACGAGCUGUUGACCACCGGCAAGCUGCAGGAGGAGAAUGAGAAUCACCCAGGAAGCCUUCAGGGGUGGCACCUUUGGCCACAGGGAUGUCAUUUGAGGAGCGCCUAUGCUGAGAAGCACCGACAGGGUGAACCGUCCUUCACCAACUACGCCUGGAACAAGGACGAGGAGCCCUUCAUCGGAACGUUGGACUACAUUUUCGUGUCGAAGCAUCCUGAGGUGAUGGGGGUGGAGCGGCUGCCCACGCUGGGGGAGGGCACUGCUCAUCUGCCCAACCAAUACGAACCCUCAGACCACUUGCCGGUCACGGCCGUUCUGCGACCCUUUGGGAAAGCCGCCAUUGAACCUGUCAGGAGGCCUCUGGCCGCCUUAUCGCGACCGAGUGAAGGAGGCCUCAGCCGACGGCCUGUGCGUGAGGAGACAGGCAGCACCGUGGGUCGGCGCUUUGGCAGUUGGACUCGCCAGAGGCUGCUUCAAGCAGAAUGA